UCCUCUCUUUUGUUCCUUAGUUCGUUCACUUUCUCUCACUUUCUCCUUUUCUUCUAAUUAGGUUUUAAAAAUCUUUGGGGGUAGGUCACACAGGCUAUUUGGAGAUUUUGAAGAAAAGUACCUGGACUGUCUCCCCAGAAAAAUCUAUAUUUACACUAUCACCCAGUGUUAUGGUUUGGAUGUGAGGUGUCCUCCAAAGCUCACAUGUGAGACAAUGCAAGAAGUUUCAGAGGAGAAAUGAUAGGGUUGUGAGUAUCUCAACCCAAUCAGUAUCAUGUGAUACCAUUCCUGCGUCUCAACCCAACUAAUCCCUGAUGGGAUUAACUGAGUGGUAACUGGAGGCAGGUGGGGUGUGGCUGGAGGAAGUGAUUUAUUGGAGGCAUGGCUAUGGGGUAUAUAUGUUGUACUUGGAGAGUGGACUCUCUCUCUCUCUCUCUGCUUCCUGAUCACCAUGUGAGCUGCCUUCCUUUGCCAAACUCUUCCAUCAUGAUGUUCAGCCUCACCUCGAGCCCUGAGGAAUGGAGCCUGCUCUUUGUGGAUUGAGACUUCUGAAACUGGUUGGCCAACCCAUGCACAGGCUUAGGAAGAAGUCAGCACAAUUCCCAACUGGAAUCAGUCACAAUUGCUUCCAGAAGAAAAGGCAAAUUUGUACCUAUGCCCUCCCUGGAGAGUUCCUGGCUGCUGACCAGCCGUGAAGGGCCCCCCGCAGUGAAGAGACUGCUUGGCUGGAAGCAAGGAGAUGAAGAGGAGAAGUGGGCAGAGAAGGCCGUAGACUCUCUAGUGAAGAAACUAAAGAAGAAGAAAGGAGCCAUGGAUGAGCUGGAGAGGGCCCUCAGCUGUCCUGGGCAACCCAGCAAAUGUGUCACCAUCCCCAGGUCCCUGGAUGGGCGCCUGCAGGUGUCCCACCGCAAGGGUUUGCCGCAUGUUAUUUACUGCCGGGUGUGGCGAUGGCCAGAUCUCCAGUCCCACCAUGAGUUGAAGCCAUUGGAGUGCUGUGAGUUCCCUUUUGGCUCCAAACAGAAAGAGGUGUGCAUUAACCCUUACCACUACCGCCGGGUGGAGACUCCAGUGCUGCCUCCAGUGCUCGUGCCAAGACACAGUGAAUACAACCCCCAGCUCAGCCUCCUGGCCAAGUUCCGAAGCGCCUCUCUGCAUAGCGAGCCACUCAUGCCACACAAUGCCACCUACCCCGAGUCCUUCCAGCAGCCUCCGUGUCCUGCGCUCCCUCCCUCACCAAGCCAUGUGUUCUCACAGUCGCCCUGCUCAGCCAGCUACCCCCACUCCCCAGGAAGUCCUUCUGAGCCAGAGUCUCCAUAUCAACACUCAGACUUCCGUCCAGUGUGUUACGAGGAGCCCCAGCACUGGUGCUCGGUCGCCUACUAUGAACUGAACAACCGAGUAGGGGAGACAUUCCAGGCUUCCUCCCGAAGUGUGCUCAUAGAUGGAUUCACCGACCCUUCAAACAACAGGAACAGGUUCUGUCUUGGACUCCUUUCGAAUGUAAACAGAAACUCCACAAUAGAAAAUACCAGGAGACACAUAGGAAAGGGCGUGCACUUGUACUACGUUGGGGGAGAGGUGUAUGCCGAGUGUGUGAGCGACAGCAGCAUCUUUGUGCAGAGCAGGAACUGCAACUAUCAGCACGGCUUCCACCCAGCCACCGUCUGCAAGAUCCCCAGCGGGUGCAGCCUCAAGGUCUUCAACAACCAACUCUUUGCUCAGCUGCUUGCCCAGUCGGUUCACCAUGGCUUUGAAGUCGUUUAUGAGUUAACCAAGAUGUGCACUAUUCGGAUGAGUUUUGUUAAGGGUUGGGGAGCUGAGUAUCAUCGCCAGGAUGUCACGAGCACCCCCUGUUGGAUUGAGAUUCACCUUCAUGGACCACUGCAGUGGUUGGACAAGGUUCUGACUCAGAUGGGAUCCCCGCAUAACCCCAUUUCUUCAGUGUCUUAACAGUUAUGUCUUAAGCUUCAUUGCUAUAGAAUAGAUGCUAUUGCAGGCAGUGGCUUAUAUCAUUUUAGAUUUGCAACUAACCCAAGUUUCUAAAUACAUGUGUAAAUACAUAUAAUAUAUACUAUACAUAUUUUUUAUCACCAUUUGUUUUGUGCUACCUAGUUAACCUGGGGCCUGUACAGUGUGAUUGGAAAAGCAGGGUUUUCAGUCCCAUGCUACUUCUUUUGUGGGAGAAAACAAAUGAAAGGUAACAGUAUCAGCAACAUGUGAGGCCUUUGAUGGAACCCAGGCAACUCAGCAUGUCAUAUGGCCGAACAGAACAGCUUCAUAUGGCCAAAGUCAGGUUUUGGUAGUACUAGAGCAAACAACACUUUUAGACAAAGCCAAAACCAGGCAAUUAAAACCAUAUGGGUUAAAUGAUCUCACUUUUAGUGCUAUUGGCAAGGGGAAAAAUGAUUUAAGUUUGUACAAGGAAUUAUGUGAGGUAAGCCACAGCUAUUUUAUUUCUGCUGGACUAUUGUGCUGAUUUCAAUGGUACAUUUUAAAUCAAUUUAAACCAUGAUUAGAAAAGAGAGAAACUGUGAAGCCAAGAAUCAUAUUGCCUCAACCUACCACUGUAAAAAACAAAAACAAAUGAGUCCAGUAAGGGAAAAUAAAUAAGAAAGUUGCACGGAAUGCACUAUAAUCCCAAUUGUGUAGUCCAGAAUUUAGUCCAAGAACCACCCAACAAGACCCCUGGUUUCCAUGUUGGAAAUCAGGUUCUGGUCUUCCUAGUGAUUCAACUUCUGAGUCUGUUGUUGUGUGUGACACUGCCAUGUGUUAAGUCCCGUGCAGAGAAGCAGCAACAUCAAAGGGUUAAACAGGGAAUCAUAACAUUUACUCACAUUCCCACAUUAAAGCUUCUAUUUCAGGGAAACCUUCUGCUACAUUAUCCUGCCGGUUGGCAGAUUUAACUAUUUACAGAUUAUUGAAAUAAUAGUAAUAGCUCUGAAGACAUCUAGACACAAUGUUGGAUGAAGUUUAUAAAUUAAUUACCUUUGUGCCUAUAUUGACUAAAUUAUCGACUGUUUACAUCUGGUAGCCUCUUCUAAAGCUAGUUUCCUACUUGGAAAUAACUUCACAAGUAAGGAUAAUUUCAUAUAUGGUCAUAUAAUUUUGUGAGAACAGUGGUACAGAAUAACAGGACAUCUUUUAAAAUAUACCUAAUAUUAAAAACAUAUUCUUCUUUGGAUGAUAAAGGGAAAUUUUUAGAUAUUUGCCACCCACAAAACACCACAUUGCUUGGAAAAAUAUUUCAAACCCUCUUAAAAAUGUUUAAGUUAACAUGGAAGUUAUGCUCGUAACAGACAGCACUUCAGUAAUCCAGGAGAUUGUUUCAUUUAGGCAUUCUAUCUAGCAUUAGUGCACAUGUAGCUGUUUCUCAUUAAAUUGUAGUCAAGAUAGAAAUGAUCAUGUGAAAAAGAUAUGAGUGAGCUGCUAUUUUCACCUCUUAUAAUGACUAGUAUUAUAUAAUAGAAACUCCAUAUAUAUAAUAGAAAGUAAUUAUUCCAUUUUACAUUAAAACUAGAUGGCCCAUUUAGUGUUUAGAAAACCCAUAGUUCAUUGGUUCAUCAACUCUGUAUUGUUCACCUAUAUGUGCCAGGUACAAUGUCAGGUACUAUGGAAUUAAAGGCAGACGAGACAGUCCCAACCUUUGUGGAGCAGAGAGUCUAAUAGUAAAGUCUUUGCAUAGACGUUUGCAUUUUCAUGUUUCAGAACAUGUUUUUUUUUUUGUUUUAGAACAAAACGUGAACUUCCUUUUGGUUAAAAAAGUGUAACUGAUUUUUUAUUAUCUCUAUUUUGAAAUAGGCACUUGCCUCCCCAUUUUCUAAUCAUUCCCCCAUUUUCCCUUCUUGGAGAGGUCAAUACUUAUGGUGGGUCUCAUAUUAGUACCAUUCUAUGGGGGAACAUUAAGAAUACAUAGCUUUUGCUAUUAAUAUCAAACACAGUUUUCUUGAUCUUCCCACAAGUUGUCAAACUCAUCCUCUUGUAACCCAUACCUUUACAGAAUUAAUCAGCAGUAAUGGCUUAUAAAUGACAUUUACAAGACCAAGAAUAUAAACAUUUCCAUGCAGUUUUAGGAAACUAGGACAACUUAUUGCAGUGCACCUGAACUUUUUCAGUGAAAAAUAAAUUAUGAAAUCGGCACGUAUCACCCAAACGUCACACCAAAAGCCUUUAUUAGGAUAUUUGUAAAACUCAGAAUUGAGAAUUGAUAAGUAAACCCUCUGUUUAUUGUAAUGGUCACAUUUUAAUCAACUUUUUUUUCUUUUGCUGCUAAGAGUUCCCAAAAAUUGUAAUUUAGUGUUUAAUUUUAGACUUCUCGGUGUGGUCAUUUAGCAUUCAUUCUGUGAGUUAGAAAAGCCAAAAAAUUGAAUAUAAUUUUUUUAUAGGAUAGUGAACAAAGUGGACAGGGUAGGCCUUUGAAUACAUCACCGCCACCGUCAUGUUUCAGGUUGCAAUAGACAAAGAUCAUGAGACAGAGAACAGUAACAUCUAGGCCUGCUCACAAGAAAGCCAGUAUUUUUUAUUGUCUGUUAAAAAGGAGAUGUGAAAAGUUUGUUUUAGCUAGAUGAUAUGUUAAUAGCUACCAGGGCUUUGGAACCAAAAAGAUGUCACUUUUUAACACAUAUACUUGAUAUGUUAUUUUUUUAUACUCAGCAUAAAUCAGGAAAAGUUGGCCAACUGCUAGCAUUUAGGAUCCUUUUUUUAUUCUCUCCUGUGGAUGUGGAUAUUCCCAUAACAGCAAACAACAACAGUAACCAAAGCAUCUUAUAAAUAUACUUGGUAGACAUUAAGCUCCUAACUUUGUGUCCCAAAUAUUUGGUAUAUACAUUCAAUAAAUAAAUAAUCAGAAUAUAACAUGCAUUCCAAAUUGUCAUUCCUAUUAUGAUUUAACAGCUGAACUGUAUGAGAAGGUUAGGUGAUCCUGGCACAUGUUAAAGAUAAGUUCCAAUGAAUGUAAGACACACCAACAAAAAAAGAAACUAUCUCUACUUGAGUGGAGCAACACUUUUGAUUAUAAUAACCUUGGCCUCGAUUAUCCUUCAAAUCAUACUUAUAUUGUCAUCUGAUUGUUUAUAAUAAAGAAUACUGUACCCGA